AUGUGUCCGCUGUGGCCGUUUCAUUUCGUACUCCUGUAUAUUCUAUUGCUGGGACCAUUAUGGUUUGCUAUGUGUUCAGCAGCUGUUUACGCAGCAAAAAGCAUUCCGAUGGAAUUCGAUCCUGAACGAUUGGAAUUAGGAAUGGAAGAAACAAAACAAGUCUUUGUUUAUUCUGAAGAUCCGGAAAUGUUUAAGCAUAAAUGGAAAGUAGAGAGUGUUCAAGAAAAUAUGAAUAUUCGAUUUGAAAACGAGUCUUAUUUAUUGAAUUUCAAUACUUAUGAUAAUUGGACUAGUGUUUUUAACGUGACGGGAAAUUUUUUGGGAAAAGCCGUCGUCAAAUUGCGUUCAAUUGACGAUCAAGGACAAGUGUACGAAUCUAAAAAUGGUUUAUCCGUGACCGUGGUUCGCGGAAAGAGAAAUUUGGACAGGAUAUUUACAAUAUCCAUCAUCGUAUUGGUUUCUAUAUUGUACAUCUCCUUUGGCUGUGCCAUGGAUUGGCAACUCGUUAAGGAAACGUUAAAAAAACCAAUAGCUCCUCUUAUAGGUUUCGUUUCGCAGUUUCUUUUUAUGCCACUGAUGAGUUACGGUUUGGGUAAAAUAAUUUUUCCAACGUCACCCGUCGAGCAUUUGGCAUUGUUUCUAACGGGUUUGUGUCCGGGUGGAGGAGCCUCAAACAUAUGGAGCAUAGCCGUGGAUGCAAACGUCAAUUUAAGCAUAACUAUGACGACGAUAAGCAUGAUAGCAGCUUUCGGAAUUUAUCCCAUGUGGUUGUUCACACUCGGACGACAAAUAUUCGAAGAAGUGUACCUGGAAACACCCAUACCGAAAAUAGCAUCUUAUUUGAUAUCGCUUUUGGUUCCCGUAGGAAUCGGUUUUGCCAUUCAACGUUUUUUCCCACGGCUGGCAAACAUUUUAAACGCCAUGUUGAAACCGUUAUCAAUAUUUUUGAUAUUAUUUAUUGCGGUGUUCGCGUGCAUCGUUAAAUAUUAUCUAUUUUUAUUAUUCACGUGGAAGGUCGUUUUGGCGGGUCUUGCACUUCCUUGGUUGGGAUACUGUGCUGGUUUCUUAGCCGCUUGGCUAUUGCGUCAACCUUUGGAAAACAUACUCGCCAUUUCAAUAGAAACCGGAAUACAGAACACGGGGAUAGCCAUUUUUAUGGUACAUUUGGUUUUCAGUCAACCCACGGCCGAUAUAGUCACGGUUAUUCCAGCUGCCGUAGCAUUGAUGGCUCCCAUACCACUCGCUUUAUUAAGCAUGUGGUUAAAAUUACGAAAAUGGCAUCAUAAAAAAAAAUCAAGUUGGACGGCAUCUUUGGCCAUUGAUAAAGACGUAGCUUAG